CGCGACUCGAUGCCGACCUCUCCUUCCUUCAAUAAGUUCGAAACCACCACCACCACCCCCCUACAACCCGGGUCCUCGUCGCGUGUUCCCCAACCUCACCCACCUCACCCACCUCACCCACCGCAAGCAACGCACCUCCCCGCAAAAAGUCACUAGCUAUGGCUUCAGACGUUGCCCAGCUUCCGGGAAGCGUGCCAGCAUCACCGGCCGACACACCAGAGGAGAUUCGUGACUACCAACGGAUCAUCAAUCUGCGCAAUGAAAUCUACAUGGGGAGACAUUCUCGUUUCAAGCCGCCGAGUAUCGUGCGAUCCGUGGCGGCUGCUACUCCCGCACCUCUACCGGCAGCUACUUCAACCUCUGGCCAGAGCUCGAGUAAACCUACGCCGGUGAUGACGACCAAGAAGUCUACCAUCCCAGCCGCCUCGAACCCAGCCGCUAUCGUCACCGCUGUUCCGUCUACUGCCGCUACCAAUGCUUCCGCAACAGGUCAAAUCGAGGACGUAUUGCUCACCAAGUCGGAUGUGUUGAUUAGAGCCGAGACUACGUUGAAGCGCCAGCGCAUCGAGCAUGAGGUUAGGAACCAGCUGGAGCAAAAGAAAUAUGAGGCGCGCUUGGGCAUGGAGGUUAAGGAUGGAAAGGCGGUUGCAGAAGUUGAGGAUGAUGUGGACUUGGAGGCGGCGAUGCAGAAGGCGGGUAUGUGGUUGAAGCCUGUGGAGCGUCCUGAGGAUCCAUCGUCAAUCAACAAACUGAAGGGCUUCUUUGGGGAUAAGGGGGAGAGGGACGAUAGGGGCAAUAGGGAUAGGGGCGAUGGUGGAGAAAUGGCGAGGAAGUCUAAUGAUAGCCCGGCGAGGUGGCAGGAACAUGUGGAAGACCGGUUCGACAGUCGACGCGUGACGGCUGCGGCGGGUGUGGAGGCUACGAGAGAAGUGCCAAUCGAACCACCGCACUCGAGGAUCGUUGAAACUCUCAGAGAGCGGGAGAGACGGCCUCAACCGCUGCCACCAGUAUCCAAACCACAGCAAUCCACAUCGCCGCUGGACCCUUUUCAACCCAGCUACUCCGCGAGUAACCUGGCUCGAUCGCCAUUGGCCUCCCCGCAGCCGCGUUAUUCCGCGACUAGCCAGGUUCGAUCGCCUGCUGCUCCUCAGCCCGUUCGGCCUGCAAAUGUUGCUCGUGUGGAAUCCCAAGACCGCAUAAUUGAACUGGAGAACGCGGAGCGACUGUCACCGCCUCCUCCAGCGCAUACCGUACAGGUGCCGUCGAAGCGAGCUAGACAGCCAUCUCCAGAUCCUUACCCCAAGCAGGAACCAAUAAAUGCUCCGCCGUUUCCCCCCCGCGACGAGUACGCCAGGAGGAUGAUGUCGCCAGAGAUCGUAGGAGCUCUGCGACCGUCAAGCAGGGAGAGUGCUCAUCCGGGCGGACCGCCCUACCGCAUGCCUCCUGAUGUAGCAGCUCACGGUUACUACCAACACCCUUCUCCUUAUGGGCAACCUCCGCACCGUCACCCAUACGAGGGGUAUCCAUACCAGGACCCUUACGCGUACCCUCCACCGCCGCCCGAUUACCGAAGGCCUUAUGCGCCGCAAUAUGCUGCACCUCCAUCGGCGCCGCCGUACUAUGCACCGAGACCGGCAUAUGAAGAUUACGGUCGUUAUGGAACAAAGCCCCCGCCCUCAGUUCGCCCGCCAUUCCCCCGCAGAUCUGCAUCUCCAUCGGAUCCGUAUGCACGCCGUAGGGACAGCAGGUCCAUAUCACCUGACGUACGGGGUAGGAGGGAUAUCAUGGGGAACAAUACUCCUGGCCCAGUGAAUCAGAGGCUACCACCAGCAGGCUCCCCCAGCCCUAAGAGAGCUCGUCUCAUGCCGGAUGGUGUUGAGCAAGACAUUCGCGGGCCCGGUCCUGUAGCAAUGGAAUACCCAUAUCCGCCACCGCCCCGAGAUCCCCGAGAUCCCCGAGACCGUGUCUAUUACGAAGCCCGUGAGCCCUCCUUUGCGCCGCCGGCCCCGCACGCUCGCUACCCCGAAGAGCCGCCAUUUCUGAUGCCUCGGCCCGAGAGUGUUAUGUAUCGGGGAGAAGAAGAUUACCGUGGUUACAGGAAGCGGGACUAUUCAGGCUCGUCUCAAUCAAGGCCACCGGUGCCUCUCGGCGGAUCAUACCCCCCGCCUCCUGAAUACGCCAGACCACUCACGAGGGCUGCCAUGGCCGUACUUCCGGACGGACUGGAAUAUCCUCCCAGAGCAGGUGUUGAUUACUACGGUAGAUCGGACGGAAGGGCCAGUGUUCGUCCCGGUGAGGGAGCAUACCUUCCGCCUCCUCCUCCUCCUCGCCAACCCAGCGUUCGUCCAGACGUCCCGGAGUAUUAUGGGGACAGGGUUUACAGCAGAGCAGCAAGCGUGCGUCCCGAUCUGGAAAGGGAGCGUUACAGCAUACCACCACCAUCUAUGGUCCCUCCACCACCCGGGGCGGGCUAUUCUCCGUACGGCGGCGUUGGGGGAUAUAGGUACCGGGAUUGAUUGGAGAGAAGCGUUGUCAUGAGAUGAGAUGAUGCAGGGGGAUGGAUGGGAUGUUGACCGCCACCGUUUUUUUCCACCUUUUUUUUCUUUCUCUUGUGUUCUUUCGGGGUUACGGGGAUUUGGUUCCUGAUGGGAUUUUUCCUUUCGUGCUUUUUUUUACCGGCUUGUAUUUUUACUUUACAGGGGGUCAAGAAAGUGAGAAUUGUGUGCUUGAAUUUGAAGCAG